CCGCCCUUGCGGGAGCCCGAGGCUCAAGAGCAGCCCCCCCUUCCUGGGCUUUCCCCCACCCACCUCCCGGUCGGCCCCCGGGCAUGAACAGCCAUGGCCGGCUGCAGCCCUGAGGAGAAAACUUACCGGCGCUUCCUGGAGCUAUUCCUGGGCGAGUUUCGCGGACCGUGCGGCGGCGGCGAGCCGGAGCCGGAACCCGAACCCGAGUCGGAGCCCGAGCCCGAACUGGUAGCGGCCGAGGCGGCCGAGGCUUUGGUCGAGGAGCCCGGGGAGGAGGCGGCCACCAUAGCCGCGACAGAGGAGGGGGGGCAAGAGCAGGAGCAAGACCCCGAGCCCGACGAGGAGGCGGUGGAGGAGGAGGCGGUAGCGGCGGCGGAGGGCGAGGAGGAGGAGGCGGCGGCUGCCCGGGGCCAGUCGGCCGUGCCGCCGCCGCAGCCCCAGCUGCCGCCGCUGCCCCCGCUCCCGCGGCCGCUGUCGGAGCGCAUCACCCGUGAGGAGGUGGAGGGCGAGAGCCUGGACCUGUGCCUGCAGCAGCUCUACAAAUAUAACUGCCCUUCCUUUUUGGCUGCUGCUUUAGCUAGAGCCACAUCAGACGAAGUGCUUCAGAGUGAUCUUUCUGCACAUUAUAUACCAAAGGAAACAGAUGGCACAGAAGGGACUGUGGAGAUUGAGACAGUGAAGUUGGCCCGUUCUGUCUUCAGCAAACUACACGAGAUUUGCUGCAGCUGGGUGAAAGACUUCCCUCUCCGCAGGAGACCCCAGCUUUAUUACGAGACCUCAAUCCAUGCCAUCAAGAACAUGCGCAGGAAAAUGGAGGACAAACAUGUCUGCAUUCCUGACUUUAAUAUGCUCUUCAACCUAGAGGACCAGGAAGAACAAGCUUACUUUGCAGUGUUUGAUGGCCAUGGGGGAGUGGAUGCUGCCAUUUAUGCCUCCAUUCACCUGCAUGUUAACUUAGUACGCCAGGAGAUGUUCCCCCACGAUCCUGCUGAGGCCCUGUGCCGGGCCUUCCGGGUCACCGAUGAGCGGUUUGUGCAGAAAGCAGCCAGGGAGGUACGCCACUUUCUCAUAAAUUCUAGCCACAAAUGCACUAGCUGAACUCAACUUGGUCUGUAGUUAAAGGGCUAUUUUGUGUUUUCUCUUUUGGGACAGGCAUUAUUUAAAGUUCUCUUCUACACUGUAUCCUUGACUAAUUCCCUCUUUAGGAAUAGGUUUAGUGGGGUGCUAUGAUGUACUGUAUAGAAACUCCCGAGCUAUAAUUUUCUAGAAAGCCAAUCCACUCCUGGCAGGUGAGUUUUAUCUUUCUUAUCCACCAUUGCCUGUCUGGUUCAUACCAGGACCAUCUCUCUAAGCAGAAUUUUGCUGAUAAGAUCUGGAUGUGGUGAUUAAAACAAUGGUCUAAAAAAGAAACGGAAGCUGGGAUUACUCCCAUACACUGGGUUCUAAAUGGGUUGGCAGUGUUUUGCUGUGUAUCUCUUGAGGGAAAAUUUACUUGGAGAGAAUGAAUCCUUAGAUGAUCUCUGAACUGAUUUUCUUUUAACAGGAAGAACAGUCAGAGCUCAUGUCCUGAUUUCUUAAGGUGAAUCAGACCUAAGGUUUUCUCUGAAUGAAUGACAGGGACUCUGUGUCGAGAUCUAAACGUCAAAAUUUUAAUCUAAUUAUCAUUCUGGGCAUUGACAUAUAAUUAACUACAGUACUUUCUGUUCAUUUCUAACUGGGGCCAAUGGAAUGGGAGUAAUUUUUAAUUUUUAAAAGUAAUUACAGAAUUAUAUAAACACAGAAAAUAACACUCCUGCUCUAUGACUUAAACAUUAACUUUCUGAAAUGGACUUGAAGAGAACAUGGUAAUCAUUUAACGCAUUUCUUUGAUCUCAUAGUUAUGCUACACAGUAAUAGUGGGGCUUGGAAUUAAUGAAACAAUAAUUCAGAACUAUUUGGUAUUGAGCAAGGGAAAUGUCUCCCCACCCACACCCCAGGUUUAUAUCAAUAUGCAAAUCCAACAACAGAAACCACUAGGAUCUACAUAUGUAGGUGGGGCUAGAAAACAAAAUACAGUU